AUGAGUUACUAUCUUGAUCCAGAAUUUGCCAAUCACAUUGAGCAGAUUGUUAUACUUGGUGGUGCCUUCGCAGUAAAUGGCAAUGUGAAUCUAGCCGCGAAAGUCAAUAUAUUUGGUGAUUCAGAUUCUGUAGAUGUUGUGUUCACAAAUGGAGUGGAUAUACUAACAGUGGGGAUAAAUGUUACCCACCAAGUUGUAUUGACUGAUAAACGUACGCUUGCUUGCUGUUCGCCUGUUGCUCACUACUUGCGAGGUCUUCUUUCCCCGACAAUUAUUCCGCAGGAAACUCAGGUGAAGAAAAUGAUCCAGCACGUUCGUCAGUAUCAAGUUCCAUUGCAGAAGUACAUGGCAAUGAUGGAUCUUCAGGAGAGGAAUGAACGGUUGUUUUAUAAGCUUCUUAUUGAGCACGUCGAAGAGUUACUCCCAGUUGUCUAUGCUCCAACUGUCGGUGAGGCUUGCCAGAAAUACGAAAGCAUCUUCAUGCGUCCUCAGGAUCUUUAUAUCAGCUUGAAAGAGAAGGGGAGGAUUCUUGAAGUACUAAGGAAUUGGCCUGAGAAGAACAUUCAAGUCAUUGUUGUAACUGAUGGAGAACGGAUCUUGGGUCUUGGGGAUCUUGGUUGUCAGGGAAUGGGAAUACCAGUUGGAAAACUUUCUUUAUAUACAGCACUCGGAGGAGUUCGUCCGUCUGCCUGUUUGCCUAUCACCAUUGAUGUGGGAACAAACAACAAGAACUUAUUGAAUGAUGAGUUAUAUAUAGGGCUCAAGCAAAGACGGGCGACUGGGCAGGAAUAUGCUGAACUUAUGCAUGAAUUUAUGAGUGCUGUCAAAUCAUAUCUAGCAUGA